GCAAUGAAUUGAAAUUCCACAGUUGACUGCUUUUCUGUUGCUUUGGAACGUGGAAAACCAAAUAAUAAUUAAUCUGAAUUACAAGUAGUUCUUUAUGGAAAUUUUCCAUUUUCUCCUUUUUACUAUUUAUUAAGUACCUUACCAUUAUACUUUCUUUAAUUAAUUCUAAAUUUAUAUAAAAAAUAAAAAUUACACUUGAGCCUCUGGAUCCAACAGCGUCUAGCCACGUAUAAAUGCAUUCUCCCAACCCAGAGUAACGGUUUGUAUUCAACCUUGCGAAUUUGUUCAAAAUAUAUAUAUAUAUAAAAUAAAAAUUGAUAUUAACUUGACAUAUUAGUAAAACCCUUUAACAAAUUAUAAAAUAAAUUAUACAUGCCAAUGUUUUCUUCCGUUGUUUUGUGUUACAUCUGAUUAGUUUCGAUACUGUACAAAUUAGCAAUGUCCAAGUUUUGUGAUUUCAAGCUUAGCUCAACUAAAUUUAUGUAAUCCUGAGUUUUGAAAUUGCGCAUUCAAGUGUUUUUUUUGGGGCUUGAUCUUGGAUUGAUGAUUGUAUUAAGGGCCAAAUUAUAGUCUAUCAAAAUAUGUGAUUUGGGUCUAAAAUGGAGUGUUGCAAAUGAUUUCACGGGCAGGGUUUGGUACAAUACUUCAACCUGGUUGAGGGAUGCUUAUCCAUGAUCCAUACACAUCAGAAGCGGUACAAUUUCAUAUACGACUGGAUAGUCCGGACACGGGUAGAUGGGUACUGGAACGCCCCUUUGUCCCCGGAAAACUUCAUUCCGGGCAAAUACGUGGUCCCCGUGGGAUCCAGCUACGGUGGACUCAACGACCGCCUAGGAAUCGGCGACUUCAACACCUCCAGAGCAGCGCUCUCUCGGCUUUCCCUCAUCCCCGAGCUAGAUUCUGCCGGAUUUCGCCAACUCAACUCGGAAUCCGCUUUCAAAGCCCAACUCGUCACUCGGAAGGUACCCUACGUCAAGAAGCGAUUGCCGUUCUGUAUCAUGACGGACAGGAAAUACGAGUUUCCACCUGCCCACUUGGGCGUGCCGGUUGCAGCGUUAGCCAGCCCCGGCCCACUCAGCGGGGCGAAGUGCCGGCCAUGUACGCCGGUAUGUCAGGGUCCCUGCGUGGCAGAUGUGAUGCUGUCUCUUGAUAGAGGAUGGAGUUGGACCUACUGGAGUAAUGGGACUAUGCAGCUAUGUGAUGCUCACCUUGAGUGGGAAAAAAGAUGGGAAAAAAUUUUUGACGGAAUUGGUGGCAAGAAGCUUGCGGCGGAGAGAAGGCGGGUGAAAGAUUUGAAGUUUGAGGAGUGCGUUCGUGACUUUGGUGAAAUGAAGGGGAAGGCUUCUGGUUGGGAGUCACCGUCGGUGGAGGAUAUCUGUAGACUUGGCUUGAGAACGACGCAAAGGUGAUUUUGCUUUCUCAAUUAGUUGGCUCAUUAGUUUUUUUAAAACGGAAUUUUUUUUUUAAUAGAGAAAAAUGGUAGAGGGAAUUUAUGAAGUAUGUAAAUUUUUUUUUCUUUUUAACUUUGUAAUUUGUAUCACAUAUUAAC